AUGAAGGGCAACCCCGAACAAAAUCUAAAGUACUGCACGAAAGAAGAAUCUCGUGUUGAAGGCACCGAACCCUUCCUCUAUGGGGAAAUUCCCAAAUCAAGGCAAGGACAUCGCACCGACCUAGACAGUUUCAAGGAAGACGUUCAAAAAGGGAUAGUGGAUUGGGACGAACUCCUCGAACUCCAUUCAUCUGUCCUGGCCAACCAGAGAACCUUCUCGAAAGAGUACAUCGCAAAACAUCGUAAACAUGCUCUUGUAAGGGACCUUCCACUCCGGCCUUUCCAAAAUGCCCUUUUGGACUACCUCCAAAAUGAUCCACAUACGCCACCUUACCACCGUCAAAUUCUGUUCAUUGUAGAUCCAAUCGGUGAUUCCGGUAAGAGCUGGUUUGCUGCAUGGUACUUUGACAAAAAAAAACGCAAAACCAAAGCGUUUGAUUCAGAAGGCAACGAAAUCCUCGAGUAUGUUCAAAUCCAAGAACCCGGGAAGAAAGCAGACAUGGCCUUGUCAGUGUCAGAAGAUACCACUGUCAUGUUCAUUGAUGUCACCAGACAACAAAUCGACACCCUCCAGUAUAGCACACUAGAAGCAUUUAAAAACAAGCUGAUCUUCUGUUCCAAGUAUAACUCGAAUAUGAAACGCUUAUCUCCAAUGCACGUUGUCGUACUCAUGAAUCAAAUGCCUAAUUUUAAAGAUUUAAGUAAGGACCGCUAUCUUAUAUGGCAGUUGCAAGAAGAUCACACCCACUACGAAAUACCUGCCAAGGAAAUCUCAGUGCUUCAUGCAUCGGCCCAAGAAGAUAUCCAAAUGGAAAAGGAAAUCAAAGAGAUGAAACGCAGACAAGAAUAUAACAAUCUCAAGAAUGGCAAAGUGUAUCCCCCAUUUAGAAGGGAUAACUGGGACGCUUGGGCAUACCUGUCAACCUUUUGUAAUACCGUCUAA